AUGUCGUUGCGAUCGGACGGAAGUGUUUACAACUGCAGAGGCAAUCAGGUCUUCGCGAGAGAUGUAUUGAUCUCUCGUAUUGUAUAUCAGUGUCCAAAAUGCAAUCAUUUGAGCAAAACUAUAGCUGAUUCCGACCAUCACUUCAUUACACGACAUCAAAGUGUGAGACAAUCGGCGCCAACGGUUGCGCACAAGAAGACGAGACCAGCGAAGGCACGACAGGACGCCAUCAUUCAGAAGAUUGAAAGCGCCAUCAAAUUGACCACAAAAGUCGCUCCAGUUUUGCAGACAAAUAAGACAAUUGUUGUCCGAAAAGUGCGAACCAAAAGAUCCCAAGAGAUUGUUCCGCCGCUCAAAAGAGUGGAACCAGUGGUCGAUGUGACCGCUAUUUACGGCAAUGACUUCAAGGACUUUGAAGAGACACAACCUCUGCAGUCGAUUAAGACUUAUAGCAAACGAAAGCCAAUUGGAGUCGACUUACAGACGACGGCCAACGAGGAAGUGAUGGACCAAAAGAGUGGUAUAAUUGUGUCGAAGCUGAAGAAGUGUGAGUUGUGUGACAUGCAGUUCAAUAGCAUCGGUCUGGCUCUCCUAAAGCUCCGGGUGCUCUUCCUCCCAGAAGCGGGUGGGCUAGGCUACCAGUGCUCAGUCUGUGACCGCAAAUACGUCAAUGAAAGAGAUCUCAAAUAUCAUAUGGAAAUUCAUACCAAUCCAAAGACGUGUGACAUUUGCGGUAAAAGAGAUUUCUCGUCCAAAGGACUCAUCAAACAUAUGAAGACACAUAAUAAGGACUAUAAAUACCGAUGCAUUCCUUGCAAUAAAACAUUUCCUUAUUAUUCAAAUUUGAUGAGCCAUAAGCUGCUGCACACCAACCCUUAUGUCUGCGACCGGGAGGGCUGUGGCAAGAAGUUUGCCUCAAAGCACACACUGAAAGUGCAUUUCAUUAAACACUCGGACGACAAGCCCUAUGAGUGCGACUUCGCUGGAUGUGGCAAACGAUUUAAACACAAGUCGUUUAUUCAAACGCACAAAAACAUCGCACACCUCAACAUCAGGCCCUACGAGUGCGGCGAUUGUGGCCAAACAUUUGGCACCAAAAUCAAUGUCGAGCGACACAUGAAAUCGCGGCACAUCGCCAAAGAUAACAAGUAUGCGUGCGAUUGGCCAGAAUGUGCCAAAUCUUUCCCAUUCCAACACCUACUGACCCGACACACGGAGUUACACACCGGCGCCAAACCAUACGUCUGUGAUAUCGUCGGUUGCGAUAAGAACUUCGCGACAAUUCAUUUGAUGCAAAUCCAUAAGAGGACUCAUUCGGCCCGUAAGAUGAGAUGCGAUCUCUGCCCCACUUUAUUGGCUUCAAAGCAGUCGUGGGCGCAACACAUGAAGGCUGUCCACAACGCCACUCAUACCCAUCUCAGCAAACGUAAAGGGAAGGGAUUGGUUAAUGAGGUCUGGAUAUGGCUUAAGGAUAUAGAGCAGGAAUAUAAAGAAGUGAAAUACACAGAAUAA